AUGUUUAGACUUGUCAAUGGACGCACUCAACGUUCUAACCUUAACAAGUUGGUAAGACCACCCAGAACAACAAUACCACAAAGCCUUUGUAGUUACUCUACAAAGUCAGAAAGUAUAAAUGCAAAUGUUAGACCAAAACCAGAUAUUGUUCUAGAUGAGAUUGCCACUUACGUUCACGAUAAGAAAAUUGUGUCGCCAUUGGCUUUCGAGACUGCUAAGUUAUGUUUCCUCGAUGCUCUAGGCUGUGGUUUAGCUUCAUUGAAGUAUAACAAAGUUCAAGAUAUUAUCAAACCCAUUGUUCCAAAUAUGAUUGUUCCUAACGGUACAAAAGUUUUAGGUACUAAAUAUGAAAUGGAUCCCGUUAAAGGUGCCUUUGCUAUUGGAACCAUGAUUCGGUGGUUAGAUUUUAAUGAUUGUUGGUUGGCUAAAGAGUGGGGGCAUCCUUCUGAUAAUUUAGGUGGUAUAUUAGCUGUUGCUGACUACUCUUCAAGAUUAUUUAAAGCAACUGAUGGGAAAGAAGGUAAGAGGUUUACUGUUAAUGAUAUAUUAGAAGGGAUGAUUAAAGCGCAUGAAAUCCAAGGUGUAAUUGCAUUGGAUAAUUCAUUUAACGAAGUUGGAUUAGACCAUGUUGCGCUUGUCAAAAUUGCAACAACUGCUGUGGUUUCUCAAAUGUUAGGGUUAUCUAAGGAUGAAACAAUUGCUGCAGUGUCUCAUGCUUUUGUCGAUGGACAAUCCUUAAGAACGUAUCGUCAUGCUCCAAAUACCGGUUCAAGGAAAUCAUGGGCCGCCGGUGAUGCUGUGUCAAAGGCUGUCAAUAUAGCUUACAUGGUGAAGAAUGCUGGUAUUGAGACAAUUCCUUCCGUAUUGACAGCUCCAAAAUGGGGGUUCUACGACGUCUUAUUCAAAGGAAAACCAUUUUUGUUUUCUCAGAGAAAGAAUUUCGACUCCUAUGUCAUGGAAAAUAUUUUGUUUAAGAUCUCAUUCCCUGCUGAAUUCCAUGCCCAAACUGCUGUGGAAGCUGCCCUAACCGCUAAUAAACGUUUGAAAGAUAUGGGGAAAUCUUUCAAGGAUAUCAAAUCAGUUCGUAUUAGAACCCAGGAACCCGCAAUGAGAAUAAUUGACAAAUCAGGUCCAUUAUACAAUUAUGCUGAUAGAGAUCACUGUAUUCAAUAUAUGGUAACAAUUCCACUCAUCCAAGGUAGGUUGGAAGCUGAUGACUACAUGGAUGCUGUUGCAUUGGAACCUGAGGUUGACUCCUUGAGAAGCAAGAUUUAUUGCGUCAAAGACGAACAAUUCACUAAAGAUUAUUAUGAUCCAAACAAAAGGGCUAUUCCAAAUGCUCUGUUGGUAGAAUUAAAUGAUGGGACGGUCUUAGAUGAAAUCAUUGUUGAAUAUCCUAUUGGGCAUAGGUUCAGAAGAGAGGAAGGUGUUCCAUUGUUGGUUGAAAAAUUCCAAAGACAUCUCUCAGCUCACUACAUCAAUUCACCUGAAAAGGCCCACACUAUUUUUAAUGCAAGUUUAAAUCCAGGCCUAGCUGACUUACCCAUUGAUGAAUAUGUGGAUUUAUAUUAA